GCUCCCACAUCAUCUCUUGAUUUACAUAUCAAAAAUGUUCAAAAACUAUGGACACAAUUAUGGUGAAUGUGACCCACUUUCCAAUUGUGCAUAAAUGAUUUUUUUUGCACACAUCUCUGCUUCAAAGCUCAGUGCCAAUGCACAAGAAUGCAAGGCUCAAGAGAACCCAAGAAGCAGAAGCUUCAACUGAGGGGAUGCAGAGCCUUGUGCUGCAACUGCAGGCUCAGUGUCUCUUCCUCUGAGGAAGCCGAAAGCUCGAAUAACUCUGAGAGGUUUCUGCCGAUCUCAAGCCUCGCGCACGCCAUGGUUCAAGAGAGAUUGGACCAGAUGAUCAGGGAAAGGCAGGAGGCUGCGUGUGAAGAGAGGAGGAGGAGAAGAGGGGGGGGUCAAGGUUCCAAGUUUGUGGUUAUGGUGGCGAUGGAGAAGGCAUCUUAUGAUCCCAGAGAAGAUUUCAGAGAGUCCAUUGAAGAGAUGAUAAUGGCAAACCAGCUGUACGAGCCGAAUGACCUAAGACGCCUCUUGAAUUGUUAUGUUUCCAUGAAUUCUGAUGAAUAUCGCAGUGUCAUACUCGAGGUAUUCCAUGAGGUCUGCAGCAACUUAUUCUUGCAUAGGAAAUGACAAAAUUGAUGAAAGUUUCACAGUUUUUAGCUGAUUAGUUAUGUUCAAUUAGCAUCAAUAAGACGAAUCCAGGGGGAUUUUAGCCAUUCCUAAUCAUAAAAUCGCAAUAAAAAUUUACGACACCAAUCACAAUUUCUUCUGUGGA